AUGAACAGAGAUUCGCCCAGCAAUCGCAGCUACAGAGAGGAUAGGGAGGAAACAAGUCAGAUCUCGGCAACCAUAGGGAGAGAAGAGGAUGAGAGCAGAGAGAUUCACCUGGAGCUCAAGCGGCGGAAAUGGCAGCGCGCGGGGGCGGCGUCGGGGAUCUUCACGCCGAGCUCGACGCCACCGGUCACGGCGCCGAGCUCGGCGUCAAGAUCUGUGGCGCCGAGCUCUUGGCCUAUACACGCCGAGCCGCCGGCCGCGCCACCCCCGUCUCGCCCGUUCUCUCCGUUUUCUGCUCCGGUCGCCGCCGCGCCACACCAGCCGCCACGUCGCCGCCUGCGCGCAGCACCUGCGGCGACCCUCCUCCGCGUGCUCGCUCCGGUCGACCCCGCGCCUCCGCUCGGCGUGCCUCCUGCUCCCGCGGUCUGCCCCCCGCGCCGCCGUCGCUGCGGCGGAGCAGGCCGGCGCGCCGCACCGUCCUCCUCUCUCUCCGCGCUCUCUCUCGCUCGCGUGCAGCCCGGCCGCCGCUCGCCGGCCGCGCACCAGGCCGGCGCUCGCCGCCCCGCCUCCACCGGUUCAAGGCCGUCGCCUUCCGCGCUGCGAGUGAGCGAGUCCGAGCACGGCUUCGCUUCGAGAGGCGCACGCCGCGCCACGGCGAAUCACUCCCUACUCCGCAGGCAUCGCGCGGGGCUCGUCGACGCCGACUACUGGCGGGGAACGCCCCGCCCGCGCCCCGUCCUCGACUGGUACCUGAAGAGAGUGGAUGAAGUGGUGCCUGAAGCGAGGGAUAUAUGUGCUCCAGGAUGCUUAGCUGACUUACGAGCUAGCUACCCGUCCAGAAACUGGAGGUGUUAUCAACGUUGAUAUACCAUCAGGCACCCAGGCGGGAGCUUUUUCUCGGCCUGAAAUUGGAGUGUCAUGGCAUCUUUUGUAGUGUCGUUCAUUACCAUUUUGGCAUGAUAGUAACACAAUCCUGGGCAAUAGUGUUUUUGUUCUUUUACACAAUUUUCUGUGCAAAUACAAUGGAAAACAGGAUUUUCUUA